AUGUGGGACACUUUCUUGUACCGCGGCGCCAUCGUCAUCUCCGCCAUCCCAGGCCUCAUCGGCAUCAACUCAAUGUUCCGACCAGAAGCCACCCUCAAGAUCGUCAAAUUCCCCAUUCCGGCCGAUCCUCAGAGCCGAAAGACCUGCCUAUCCCUCGCACGUCUGCAAGGCGCACGAAACAUCGUCAUCUCUUACCUCUUCAUCAACAACGCCUUGACCGGAGACAAGAAGCUCAUGGGCAUGGGACUGCUUGGGGCCCUUUUCAUGCUGACCACUGAUGGGUUCGUGAGCAAGUCGCUUAUUGGGGGGAAUGAGUGGUUUCAUUGGGGAUAUAUUCCCGUUUUUGUUGCUUUUAUUGGUGGCUUGCUGUACUCGGAGUGA